UGGUCCCAGACGGUUGAACCAGUGCACUAGAGGCGCUAUACUCCUCACAAACUGUCCGUGAUUCUCAACCCCGCCUCCGUGUUCCUGUCGCAUUUGUCUAACAUGGCUGCGUCCAUGGCGAGGACCUGCUGUCAUGUAUCGCGGCAUGGAGCGUGUAUUCUGCGUAGACGAACGAGUCUCUGCCUCACACUCGGGUCUAAACUUCACUGUUCUUCACCGGCACACAACGGACUGCUCUUGUCUCUAAAUAAACGCGGUGUCCUGAAGGACUCUUUCCCAGAAGACGCAGCUCAGGACCAGCUCCCUCGGUUGCUCCAGUCCGGUGCUCAGACCGUGUACUGCGGCUUUGACCCCACGGCCGACAGCCUCCACGUGGGCAACUUGCUCGCGAUCAUCGGCCUGCUGCACUUCCGUAGCGCCGGGCACCAUGUCCUCGCCGUGCUCGGAGGGGCCACGGCGCAGAUCGGAGACCCGAGCGGGAAAACGAGCGAGCGAGAGCGGAUGCCCGCGGACGCUGUGGAGGCGAACACCCGCGGCAUCCGCGAGAGCAUCCAGCGGAUCUUCACCAACCACGAGCUGCACUUUCAGGACACUUCCAGAAAGCUGGGCACGGUGAGCGUGCUGAACAACCUGAGCUGGUACAAGAACUGGCACGUGGUGGACUUUCUGUCGGAGGCCGGAAGGCACUUCAGGAUGGGCACCAUGCUCAGCCGCCACAGCGUGCAGUCCCGGCUGAAGAGCGCAGACGGUAUGAGCCUGACAGAGUUCACCUACCAGGUGUUCCAAGCUUAUGACUUCCACCACCUGAACCAAAUAUACGGCUGCAAGAUUCAGCUCGGGGGCACCGACCAGCUGGGCAAUUUGAUGUCUGGCCAUGAGUACAUUCACAAGGUGGGCGGUGAACAGGUGUACGGCCUGACCGUGCCGCUGGUGACCAGCUCUGCCGGGGACAAGCUGGGGAAGACGGCGGGCAACGCAGUAUGGCUCAACCGAGACAAGACGUCUCCCUUUGAGCUCUACCAGUUCUUUCUCAGGCAGCCUGACGUCAGUGUGGAAAGGUACCUGAAUCUGUUCACCUUCCUGCCUCUGGCGGAGGUGGAGAGGCUGAUGGAGCAGCAGAGGGAGGACCCAGGUAAACGCCUCGCACACAAACGGCUGGCAGCAGAGGUGACGAAACUGGUGCACGGAAAGGAGGGCCUCGAGAGCGCAAAGAGAUGUACCAACGCACUGUACCACAGCAGCGUGCAGGCCUUGGAGGAAAUGAGUGACGAUGAGCUUCAGGAGCUCUUCAGGGAGGCACCGUUCCAUGAGCUGCUGAUGGAGCCGGGCACCACUGUGAUCGACGCCUGUCGCAGGGUCAACGCCAUCCCAGAGGGCCCCAGAGGGUAUCAGAUGGUUUCAGAGGGAGCCGUGUGGAUCAACCACCGGCGGACGGACAGACCAGAGCAACUGCUGAUCCCCAAACUCCAUAUCCUGUUGAACGGACUCACCUUGCUCAGAGUGGGCAAAAGGAACUUCUACAUCAUCAAGUGGCUCACUGUCUGAGGCCCUCUGCUCUCGCAAGGGGACCAGUUCGACCAAUGACAGACUGGCUGGAAAGGUAGGCGACCGGCAGCUGUCGGUGAGGAGACGUGGAUGGACUGAUGUUUUGGAACAUACUGGGUUGGUGGCGUAGCGAUUGCCUGUGGUUGUAAAUAUAAAUAUGCAUGUGUACUGAAUCCAAAGCUAUGGUAUUAAAAGGCGUUUGAUAUACAGAUGUUGUCGCCUGCUGACUUUGUGCUGCUACAGAGAGCUUGGACAGCGGACACUAGAGGGCAGCAUUGUCCCAGUCAUGAAGGUGAUGCUGUAGGCGCCCACAGCUGCACCACAUAUCCUGCUGUGACCCCAUCGGUAAAUAAUUGCUCACAGUAAAAUUAAAUUGCAUCAUGUCUCGCAAAUAGGUUUUAGUUCUAUCUUAAGGAAAUCCUGUUUUGUUUUUUUUUUGUUUUAUUUAAUGUGAACAUGAGGCCAACAUCUGUCUUGGUGUGGCAGGUUUUCCUGUCUUUAGUGGUGAAAGGUGUAAAUUGUACCAGAAAGAAACAAACCAGGUUUUGGAUAAUUUCUGAAAUUAACAAAUCUUGCUUGUAGAUUUGUCAGAUUCCAUAAAUUUGAUAUUAUCAUUAGCAGAAUAUUUUUUUGCAAUGUUGACAUUGGUUUUCCACCACGGUACCGACUUCUUCUCACUGUGGUGUAAAUAACUUAAUAACUUUCAGCAUGCAGGGCCUUUGCCUGUCAUUCUUAGUUUUUUUUUCUUUUGUGAUUUUAUUUUUGCAUUUGCAGACUUCUAAAAGUGAAGAUGUGCGUAGCUUUCUAUGUCUUGUAUAUCUGCUCAUCUCUUUCUGUCCUGGGGGCUGGUGGACAUGAGGACGGGGUCUGCUGUGUGCUGAACCUUGACUUACACUUCUAGCUCCAGAGAAUUGGUGGAAACACCUUGCCAUAUGGUCACACAGUUACCCAAUUUACAGAUGUAAUUUCCGGCCAUUGCGUGAUAGUUUUGGGGUAUACCUACUGCAACAGAGGGCCGACAUACUGGAGAUUUACGCCAUGUCUAUUCAGAAAUGUAAUUUCUUUAAGGGUGGAAUAUUUAUAAGCAUUUCCAUUUCACUGAUUUUUAUUAGCCUCCAUAACUUAUUUUUCUAAAUGUUAAUGCUUAUUGUUUUGGCAGCCGUUUGACUUAUUUUUUAAAAUCUCUAUACAAAUGUGUAUUUUAUGAUUUGUACAUGUGUUUAAGUAGAUGUAUGUAGUUAGGUCUUUUUUAAUUUAAAACAAAGACAUGUAAUGUCUAAAACUCUAUCCUGAAGUUUAGCCUAGUUUUGCCAUAAGGAUGCAGUUUUUUAAAAUUUCAUUAAACAUGCCUACCAGUGAAUAUUCACAUGUUGGCAAAGAUAAUGUUUCUUUCAGUUUACUGUUGAAAUAAACACAAAAGUAAACUAAUGAGAACACAUUUUCUUGGACAAAAUUUAAAAUGCAUUAUUUUCAAAAAGAUUAGGUUGAACACUACUCAAAGUACUGAUGUGCUGAAGCUGUUUUGAGGACAUGCUGACUGUUUCAAUUUUAAUUUAUAAUACUUUUUGUUUCCAAAUCAGUCUUAAUUUAGAAGAAAAACUCUGAUUUGGUGUAAUAUGCAGACGUGCUGGAUGUUGCAAGCCUGCCGCAACUAGCUGGUCCACCUUAAGAGAAGUGGGCGGGUUUAAGCACAUUGACCAAUGAGCGGUCUUCUUUGCAUUUAAAUAGAUCUG